AUAUCGACCUUUUACAGGUGUCAUCCAGUUACUUGACACUUUCUCAGUCAAGAGGAGGUGAUUCCCACACGCGCUAACGCACACACAGACACACACACACAGAACCCUGCUGUCUGUCAUUUCCUGGAUCCUGCGUGUUCCAAGCUGCUGUGGAAACUUUCAAAAGUUUGUUGGUGGGACAGGAGGAGGAGGAGGGAGGAAGCUCGGUGAGCCUACAGCGGCGCUGCUACGCUCACACACACGGAUCAGUUCGGAUCUGAGCUCCGGGGAUGUCGGCUGUGAAGGCGCUGCAGCAGUGGUGCAAGGUCCGGUGUGAAGGCUACCGGGAUGUGUCCAUCACCAACAUGACCACGUCCUUCAGGGACGGCAUGGCUUUCUGCGCUCUCAUCCACAACCACAGACCCGAUCUCAUCAAUUUUGAUUCACUGAAGAAGGAAGAUGUUUAUGAGAACAACAAACUUGCAUUCAAGGUUGCAGAGGAGAAGUUGGGAAUUCCAGCGCUGUUGGAUGCAGAAGACAUGGUGGCUCUUAGGGUUCCUGACCGCCUCAGUAUCCUGACAUACGUGUCCCAGUACUACAACUACUUCCAUGGACGCUCCCCGAUUGGUGGUAUGGGAGGUAUAAAGCGCCCAGCAGACGGCCCCACAGAUGAACCGUCUGGGAAGAAGAACCAGCCGGUGGCGGCGAAGGUGUUUCCCUCUUCCAAACCAGCCAGAGAGAACAGCCCUCCCCCCUCCUCCAACAUAACCCGGCCCUCUCCUUCCCCAAAACAAACCAGAAAUGCCACAAAGGAUGUUGUGGUUGAGAAAUCCCAUCAGACAGGCACCCUGAGUAACAAAUGCGUGUCCUGCAACAAGCACGUUCAUCUGGUGCAGCGACAUCUAGUGGACGGGAAGCUCUAUCACAGGAACUGUGCAAAGUUACUGUCGCCUACAAACCCAACCGCACCUCUCAGUGGCUUACCCACAAACACUCCCGUUUCUAGAUUCACUCCUUUACCAGACUCCCCUAAAGCGAACACAACUCCUCCAAACCAUGCACCCUCCAGACUGGGACCAUCAUGGCCAACGGAUAAACCCAGCACCCCUCCCAGCUUCUGCACCACUUUUUCUUCCCCGUCUCCUUCCCGGCCUGAUUCAAGUCUCUCUUCCACUGCUAAAGAGAGUCCGACGUGUGUUGUCUCCAAACCCACGGCUUCACGGACUACUUGUGAAUCUACCUUCACCACAACAACCACUUCUAUCAACACCGGGCCCACUGCUGCUCCUCGUACCUCGACCACGGCGGCAAAGACGCUACAGUCCAAGCUCAAUUUCUUCCAAUCAGAUAACACCGCUAACGAUAAAGAGAGAAAGACUACAACCACCAACAUUGUCAUAAAUAAAGGGCCAAAUGUGACCGGUAAGGUAAAGGAGGCCACAGUUGGUCAGACUGUUGUUGUGAAUGUUGGCGGUUUGGGCAGAAAAGAAGCAAAUGUGAGAUUGGACACAGGUGAGGAGAGAGCUAAAGCAGCUGGUGUAGGUGGAGAUACGAAGACGAAAGCGGCAGCAGCUGCCUUCCUCUCCAAAAAACUGACUGAGGAGAACAACAAUAACAACAGUAAGCCAUUGUGGACGACUGUAGCCCUGAAGAAAAUUGACAAACCUUCUCAAGUCGAGACUCCAAAGAGGGAGACGGAGGGUGUCAGAGUGAGAAUGAAGCUGAAAGCAGACCCGUCAAUCCUCGCUGACCUGCAGACUCCUAUAGACACCCGGACUCCGAGCCCGGCCGACAGGAGUGGACUCGGAGCCAAAACCCCAGACAAAGGCUCCUCAAAGCCCGAAUCACUCAACACCUCAGCAUCAGAAAACAAGGACUCUCCUGCAGACUGGAGGUUGAUGCUUAAACCCAUCUCCAAACCUGCUGGUCCCACCCAGUCCUCUCCUAAAGCGCGGGCUAAUGGAGCUGGAAAGCCUCAGACUUCAGAGCUGUCUGUCGGGCCUUCUCCCUCCUCUCGUCUGCCCAGCCCGAGCGUUUCUGUCACUCCACCUGCAGCAAAGGGAUUCCUAAAUGGUCAGAGAGACCCAACUGCAAAUGGCACCAAGCCAGAGUCAAAGAAGUCCAAGACGAAGCCGGGCUACAUUCUCAAAGAGGACAUCAUGAAGGAACUGCAAGAAAUUGAAGAUAAUUUGAACGAGUGGGAGAAGAGGGGAGUGGAGCUGGAAGUGCGGCUCCGCAGCAGUGAAGAAGAGGGUGAAGAUGACUCUCUCAUGGAUGAGCUCAUGGUCGAGUGGUUCAACUUGAUCAGGAACAAGCAGGUGGCCAUGCGCCGGGAGUCUGAACUGGUCUACAUUGGAAAAACCCAGGACCUGGAGGAAGAGCAGCCCAGUGUUGAGCAGGAGCUCAGGAAACUGAUGGAAAAACCAGAACAUCUGAAAACCUCCUGGGACCGUAAGAGAGAAGAGCAGCUGAUGGCCAAACUGAUGGAGAUUGUCAACGACAGAAAUGCUAUUAUAGAGGGUCUCGAUGAGGACAGACUCAGGGAGGAGGAGGAGGACGAACAACUAAACAAGAUGAUGAUGAAUUUCAACAUAAAGAAAGACAAACCAAAGAAAAAGUCUCAGAAGUUCAAACUGUUUGUUUGGGGGAACAAGAAGGAGGAAUGAUGCUCAGCAACACACAGCGCUGUGUGUGUGUGUGUUCGUGUGUGUGUUCGUGUGUGUUCGUGUGUGUGUGUGUGUGUGUUGUGUGUGUGUGUG